AUGGCUGCGGCUGACUUGGACGUAGCUGACUCUUGCUUCUGUACGCUGCUCUGCUGUGGAGAAGCCAGAGCAACAGCAGCGGCCGUUGUUGAUAGUAGCCCCUGGCAGACGACCAUUGCCUGCCCGGCUGAAUGUGGGAUCACGGCUUCAGGCUCCUUCGUUGACGGCGGGGUGCAGCUUGCUUGUCCAGAGUUUGACGUGGCUUGCGAGGCCGAGGAUGGGGAGCCCAGGAGCUGCCGAGUGGUUUUCUACACCGUGGACCCCCAAAGCGUGGUGCCCGAACAGCUGCCCGAAGCACGGCAGUUUCGAGAUCUACGUGGGCAGGUGACUCGUCCCUUUGCGCAAGCCUUGGCCGAGUGCUACUACGGCGCGGCGGAGAUGGACGCCCUUCACGUUCAGACCAUGGUUCCUGGACAGGAGGCAGUUGGCUACUACGAGGUGGCCAUAGGUGAAGAGAGGUCCCUCUUCCUGCACAACAGCUUGCUCCUCCUCCCCAACUUCCUCAGCCACGGCGACUGCCACUCACUGCGGGCGGCCGCCGAUCAGCGGCUCGCGCAACCCGAGGCCGCCAAGCAAGUUUCUCGAGCGUCGGAUGGGUACGCUGCAUGCAGGGAGGGCCUGGACCGGUUGCCAGUUGCUGAGCUCGGCCCGGCAGCACAGGCCAUCUCAGAUCAGAUCUUGGGCCGACUGCUUCACUUCUUCGAGUCCAUACCGGCCUUAGCCCAGCAGAUUUUCCAGAGGUCGGAGGGCCUCGCGAAGCUGCGAUUCACCUUUGCGUCGGGCGAGCCAGCGGUGAAUCGCUAUGAGGCUGGGGGAGGCUUCGGCCCCCACACGGACAAGGAGAUGGUUACGGUGAACAUCGUUCUUUCCGAGCCUGACGCCUUCUCUGGCGGGGGCACGAUGUUCUGGCCGGAAGGGGCCUCGGUGGAGGAGUUGGUGCUCCUUCGCCCGCAGAAGGGCGUGGCCGUGCUCUUCCACGGCCAGCUGAAGCACGCGGGCAGGGCGGUGGCGCGCGGCCUGAGGCAUCUCUACGUGGCAAGCUUCAGUCUCACGGGCCCUUAA